CCGCCACAACAUUCGGGAACACCCAACCAACGGAAGAACCUGACAACAAAAACGUCCGUUGAUAUUGGUAACCUAGGCUACAGCUCACCAGAGAAGAAGACAAGAACAGAAGAACCAAAAACAUCCCAACGACAACCGAACCAACUAACCGUCAAACCAACAUUCCAUCCAGCUGCAUAAAAAGCGCCACGAGAUGGAGAGGUCUGUUAGAUUCGCGGUGGUGUGCGUCGGUAUCUCCAUGCUCAUCUCGUGCCACCCUAUCGAGGCGUGGUACAAGCAGUCCACCGGACCGAGCUACCACUCCGUUGGCCGAGCCUCGGGUCUGCUGUCCGGGAUCCGGAGGUCCCCGUACAUCCGGAGGUCUGAGUCAGAAGAAACGGUGAUGGACAGCGGGGAGACCACCGGCACCGAGAACAACUUGGUGACGGAUGGUAACCGACAGACCCCCGUGCUCAAAAACAUGGCUAUCUGUGUGAAAGACAUCUCUCCCAACCUGAAGAGCUGCGAGCUGCUGCGGGACGGCACGAGCACGUUCCAGUGCAAGGCUGACGUGUUCCUCUCCCUCGACUCGCUGGACUGCUUGGCCGCGUGAGACCCCCAAAACAACAACAGUUGACUUUCCGCGAGGUAGAUGGGCAAGAAGGCAGGCAGCGUGAGCGAAAAAGAAGGACCGUUGAUUGAUGAUGACAUUGAAUGUUUUCUCAUCAUUUAUAUAAAAAAACGGAUGUGAAUAAUGUUUGUUUAAUACUAGCUGUGUAAAACCAAACAAAAAAGACAAAACGAAAAACCCAAAGUGCAAUGUGUGUGAGAGAAAGUUGUAACUAGGCUACAAAGCUAUUUUUUGUCAACCCCCCGACUCCCCUAUAUCCCUAUGCCGACCCUCACCCGGCACCCCUCCCUUGUAGGCUACCUGCGUUGUCAAAUGUAGGCUAUUAUUAAAUGUUCAUAAAUCGUUGCCUGCUGAGCAGAACCUGUCAAAGUACUUUUAUUUAUUUUAUUAAAAUGAACAAAUAU